AUCAUUUUGCUGGGAGCUCACAACACAGCAGCCCAACUGUACUUUGUUGGCUGGGAAGUUGGAGAAGGGGGUAGAGUACAAAUCUAGAUCUGUCCUAUAUAUUUUUUUCCCUUCAUUGAACCGUGCUUUGUAUGAUGUCUGAGAAUGUCCAUUUCUGGGACUCUUAGCAAUUAUUAUGUCGACUCUAUUAUAAGUCAUGAAAGUGAAGACUCGCCUUCAGCUAAAUUUUCAUCUGGGCAAUAUACAAGUUCCAGGCAAGCUGGGCACAAUGAGCAUCUAGAAUUCCCCUCCUGUAGUUUUCAGCCAAAACCUCCAGUUUUCAGCGCCUCCUGGACUCCUUUGAAUCCACAUUCUUCUGGUACCCUUCCUGCCGUCUACCAUCCAUAUAUUCAACAUCAAAGCGUCCCAUCUGAGAGCAGGUACCUCCGGAGCUGGCUGGAUCCGGUACCCAGAGCAGAGAACCUCCCCGGGCAGGGCUCUGUGAAGGCAGAGCCGCUGCUGGGCCGUCCCGGGGAUGUCCAUAAACAGGGAACACAGGAGUACAAUUUAGAAACUUCUGCUGCAAGGGAAGGGAUCGUUUCCAAUCAAAGGCCCAGCUUCGAGGACAAUAAAGUUUGUGAAGGAAGCGAAGACAAAGACAGGACAGAUCAAACCAACCCAGCUGCCAGCUGGCUGCACGCCCGCUCCUCCCGGAAAAAACGAUGCCCUUACACCAAAUACCAGACCCUGGAACUAGAGAAGGAGUUUUUAUUCAAUAUGUACCUGACGAGGGACCGUAGACACGAAGUGGCCAGACUUCUCAACCUGAGUGAGAGACAAGUCAAAAUCUGGUUUCAGAACCGAAGGAUGAAAAUGAAGAAAAUGAACAAGGAACAGGGCAAAGAAUGAAAAUCCAGAAAAGCAGCAUUCCCCCCACCCCCGCUCAGCUCCCAGGCUGCGCACCCCCACUGUAAUGCUGCCCAAUUCCCCAGCCACGGGGGGAACAACCUCCCCAUUCCCCAUCUCCACCUUUGCAUGCGAGAUGUUGCUUAAUACUCUUAUUUUAUCUUAGUAUGGCCACGUAGGAGGCAGCCCAGCCCAAACUGCAGCUCCUUUUUGGGACACAUGUUGGGUUUGGUUUCUGUUCUCUUGUUUUCUCUCUCUAUUUUUUGUGCUUUCUCUUUUCUUUCCCCUACAGUCUAACACAGGCAGAGGCUCCUGUCUGAGCAGCAGUUUCUCUGCUUGCACUUUCCCCCUGGAAAGCAGGACGGCAAACACAAGUGGCCACAAACACCCUGGCCCAAGCCCCCCCAAACCUCGCUGUCUUUCUUUACCCACGUAAGGACAAUGAUUCUAUAUAACAUUCACAACACACACUCACACACACGUUGGGGUGGCCAAGGAACCAGACGAUUUAAUUAAACUACCACAAGACAGACACGUUUGCAAGACUUGCGUUUAAUUGCACCCAACAAAUCAUUUUCAAUUCGCCAACUUUAUACCAGGGUAGUCGCUUAAUGACAACCCAACUCUUUUUUUUGUUUUAAUAUAUAUUUUUGUUUUAAAGAUUCUUUUGUUAUGCGGGAUUUUUAUUUGAAUCGCACCAUGGCAGAUAUGUGACUUUGACCUGCCAGUUUAGUAGGGUAUUUACAGGCAAACCUCCUCAUCUGGUAGUUUUAUAUUGGGUCACUUGGAAGAGGAGAAAAGACGGGGAGGGAGGCGAGAGAGUGUGUGGGGGGCACUCUCAGAGCCGCAUUGUAAAUUAUUUAGGAGAAAAAGGGGCGGAAGAACCCCUGCCAACUUAUUCCUAACUUUUAGAGGAGAGGAAGAAAGGGAUUUUCUAGUUAAAAAACUACCUUAGUAGAGCUAUAAGGGAGGGGGAGGUUGUGUUCUUAGUGCUAGCAUAUUUAUAAUUUAUUGUGGAUUGACUUUUCCUAAAGCUGUUGCAGAGAUAAAGUGCUAACCCCAGCCUGGGUGGAUUUCUUCCCGCUCCUGUUUGCUGAGGUGCUUUUAAUACUUGACUGUCGGUGCUUUUUGGUGGGGUGGGGUUGAGUUUUCAGGGUUUUUUCUGCCUGAAGCAGCAUGUUUCCCACCGCCCCCCGCUCCCCUCGGGCCCGGGAAGGAGCGGGUGGCACCGGGGGCUGCGGCUGCUCCGCGCUGACCCCCCAUCCUCAUCCUCACCCCGAAGAAGCGUUUAAAACACCAAAUGUAGAGCUCGCUGGGCUCCUGUCAUGCGGCCGGAGCCGAUUCCUCAUCUGACAGAUCCACCCGGGCGGGACCGGUUUCCCUUUAUCUCUGUAAGGCUUAACUUUGGGUUGGGAAGGGAGGGUUGGGGGGCCCGGGGUGGGGUGGGAGUUAGUACCAGUUGAUUCUAUGGUGGGUAUUGUAAACUGUGUUUGUGGUUGUGUUUCUGUGGAUGUGGAAGCUCGUUUUCUGUUUCUACUGUGGAUUUUUAAGUAUGCGAAGAGUUCUGCAGUUGGUAGUGGAUGGAAAAUAUGGAAAUAAACCUCUCUCGUUUGCUUCGUGUGCAAAUGUGUAUAUUUAGCUGCCAGGAGGCUUUCUAGGAACAAGGCGAGUGUAAGGUGGCUUGUUUCAAUAGGGUGGGGGGGGAAAUAGAGAAAAUGGAUUUAGUUCUGCCGUAUAUCGGACGAACCAGAGCGAAUAUGACUCAGGAUUGUGUAUCCUCAGCGUCAGGUUUUGCGAGACCCCUUCUAUCUGCAGAACAGAGAUUGCUUUGGGGAGAAGCGAUAGGCAGAUAUGCGGUUUUGGAAACUAUUCCUGACGUUAUUUUGUCCUCCCGUGAUCCAGAGAUAAGGAUCAAGUAGCUGCGCCUCCGUGCAUUGAAAUUUCCACCGCUCCAAUUCCUCUUGAAAGGGGUAAAAAUAAACUGAACCCUUCCACUCGACCAGAAACCAGGCUUGAAGAGUUUAAGACGGACGGUGGGGUUUUGUCGUUGUUUUGUUUUUAAUGCCUAGACUUUCUCAUGUAAAACUUUCCAUCCUGAAGUAGCUCCUUGGGGGCUUCACAUUUUAACCGUUCUGUUGCCGGAGGGAGUUCAAUGUAACCAAACUUCACCCUGUGUCGAAGCCCCGAAUCUCCUUCAUCGGAACUCAGUUUAAAAAGCUGUUCCCAAGACAUUCCGAGCUGCGAACAAAAAUAUCUGGUGCCAGCAGGAUUAUUUCCCUAAAUCCCCAUUUAUUUUUUGAAAUGAUAGAGGGUCGGAAAAGCUGGUUUAGCCGUGUUUAAGCUGCGCAGGCAAGUUUUUCAGUUGCGUUUGGGUCUUUUCAAGGACGGAUGGAUUUCAAAUGUGCUCCAAAUGUGCUCCAUGCUAAACCGAUGUAUUCCUCAUAUCUCGAACUGAGUCUGGACUUGCCUAAAUCCUCAUUACUAUAUUUUUCAGAAGCGUAUUCGUGACUUAAUAGAUGUUCGCAGCCCAUCGGCCACUAGGAUUUAGAAGCAUUUCCCACUUUCCUUAGAGUUGUGGUAAAGAGCGGAUAUUUUUAAGACAACAAUAUAAGGUUCUUUUUAAAUAGAAUUUAAAAUGUUAGUUCGUUUUAUUAGGAAAUAUGCUUACUUUAAAAAAAAAAAAUGUUGGAAAACCUGUCCUCUGUAGCAUCAGCCCGGAUGUAUUUUCCAGAGAUGUUUAAUGCUCCAGAAUAAAAAUCGAUUUUAGAACAACAGCAGCGAUAUGUCAUUGUGUUAUACCGCUUCAUCGGAAACUUCGCUAAUAUUUUCACUGUGUUUUCCUGCGUUCUUUAGUGCCUUGUUAAGUGUAUUAUAAGAGUCAAUUUUGUGCAGAGACAAAGGGAAGUGAUUCCUCUCGGCGGUAGCAAGUGGUUACUUGGUCCCAUGCAAAUUCGCAGCGUUUCUAAAUUUUUUAAAAAUUAUUAUUUUAUUUAUUUUUAACUGCAAAUAGUUAAUCUCCCAUUACAUUGAAGGGUGGAUUUUUAAAGAAUUAUUGUUUAAAUUUGCUUGUUUAUUUGUUUGGUUUUGGGGACUGAAUCUUUGCAUCCCCGCAUCAGCCUUAGGGAGCGAAGCGCGGCGCAGAGCGGCUUUAUUUGCCUUACUUUGGUUUAUUCUCUUACCACCCAAGGAAAACUUUGCUAAAGCAAAACUAGCAAGGCAAACCGAGCAGUCGGAAAGCCCACCCGCCUGCCCCGCUCCGCAUCACCUCGGCUUUGACACGCGGUUCCUUUUUCCAAGGGCUCCUUCUCGAAAUUCGUUUGACAUUUUAUUGCUCGUGAAGAAAUACAAGCGCUCGGAAAGUGUUUCGAUCUCUAUAUGUAAAAACACCAAACAAACCCCCAGACCUGCUCAGCCCCGCA